AAAGGAAAACAUAUCUAACUAGAUUAUAAGGACCUUGGCUCAUCUUCGGGAAAUGGCUUCCUCGGGUAGUGUGGAAGUUAGAGGAGAAUUCCCUAGCGAGGAAUAUCUCUGCCCGAUUUGUUUAGACGAGUUUUGUGAGCCGAAAAUAUUGCCAUGUCUUCAUAAUCUUUGUCUAAAGUGUGUUGAAGAUCUCGCUAAGUCGGGUACAGAGAGCCGGCCUCAUCGCUGUCCCUUAUGCCGUUCGAACUUUCGUCUUCCCGUCGGUGGGCCAAAGAAUUUACCAACUAACACAACGAUUAUAAAACUAUUAAAAGAUUCUCCGGCUCAAAAAGCUAAAGCAGAGAUAGCUACAGCUAUUACAGACUGCAAAGCAAGGUUGGAGGCGAUAAAUGAUUUAUCUCGAAGAAUAAAGAAGGCUUUAAUCCAUGAGGGAAAUAAAAUAAAGCAAGUUAUCCACGAAACUGCAGAAAAUAUCAUCGAGGUUAUCAAAAGUCAAGAAAGCCAGCUCUUCCAAGAAGUGGAUGAAUUGGUUGAAAGAGAAGCAUCUGUCCAUCCAUCCAAGGUCUUAAUACGACGAACAGAAACUUUGGUAAAUAACAUCGAUGAUGUUAUAAAACAGAAUGAAUUAAGAAUAUUACUAAACGACAAAAAAAGUUUUCUAAAUCAUCUAGACGAAGCUAAAUCUGCGGCAACUAGAUUGCAACAAGUUUACCAAGGAUUAGAUUUAAGGACAUCGACAUUGGAGUUUAGAAAAAAUCGGGAUUUUUCACAAUGCUUGAGUAGAUCUUCAUUCGGGCAUGUAAAUCGUAGGAACAAAACAAAGAGCUCUAAAAUGCAAGGCAUAGAAAAAGGCUUAUCUGCUGGUUUGGAUAUAAUCAAGCCUGGGACUCGCUUUAGAAGUUUAGGUGUACCCGAGGCAAUGGAAAAGAAAUUUCACCCCUUCGCAAUAGCAGCCAGUACACAAGGAAAUAUUGCCGUUUCUGACCAAGGUUCGCAUUCUGUGUUGCUGUAUAAAGACAAUGGAGAAUUCUUAACACAAGUUGGAAUAACAAGAGGGUCUAAUGACGGAGAACUUGAAUGUCCGACAGGAAUAUCAUUUCUGAGUCCCCACAUAAUGACUGUUUCUGAUGGGUGCUUGUUCGGGAACCCAUCGCGUCUACAAGCAUUCGAUACAUCCGGGAGGUUCGUCCGUUGCCUUGCAAGAUUAUCCAAGAACACACAUUGGUUUACGCACGUAUCGACUCUUAAAUCCCAGCAAAUUGUCAUCACAUGUCAAAACGUAGCACCAGAUUACGAGUCGUAUGUUCAAGUCUUCAACACCGAUGGAACCGUUUCGUUAGCAUUUGGUGCAACAGGGGAGGGAAAACUCCUAUACCCUAGCAAAACUGUGUAUUUAAAUGAUGAGUUUUACGUUUCCGACUGCGAUAAGUCGUCUAAUUGUUGUAUGAUUAAAGUAUUUGACUCCAGAGGUCGCUACGUGAGAAGUUUUGGUGAAAGUAUGUUGAAAAGUGACGCAGAGGAACAUCGUUGUUUCCCACUUGUUAUCGAGUCUGAUCCCCAUACUGAUACGAUCCUAGCAUACAGUGGUCUGUUUAGGGUGAUCCGAUGCUAUAAGCGAGAUGGAAGCUUGGUAUCGUACUAUGGGACUAUCUCAGGUAUCGCAGACAUGGCAUUGACUAACGAUAGAAGACUGUUUGCCAUCUGUGAUGGUAGUGGAGAAUUCCCUYAUAGUGUACAAAUUCUAUUCCAUACGUAAGAACUUUAGUCUACUGCUGGACUACUAACCAAAAGGUUUCACGAAUGAGAAAGUAAGAAAGAGGAAAAAAAUGGAGAGAGAGAAAGCAAAAGAAAUUUUGAAAAUUAUUAAGAUUAGGCUAUUAAGUGCUACCCUCUUUUAGAAUAAGAGAGAGAGUGUGAGAGUAUGUAACUGUUCUAAUAAGCUUUGGUAAAGAAUUUUUUCAAGUAUUUCCCGAAAUUUUCAGUAAAAUUCAAAGAAACUUUUGGAGCUU